CUGGGCUAACUCCCUCCUACCACAAUAACUGGUGUGAUGGCACAAUGGAAAGAGCCAUUUUUUACUUUGUGCAAAAAGCCUAAAACAUUCUCCACAACAGUUAUAAAUACUGAGUGCAUGAGAGAGGUUAAGCAGCAACACAAAGCGCCAUAGAGACCAUGGAUACUUUGGGGAGAGACCUUAAGAACAUGAGGGAGUAUUAUGAGAGUGGAAAGACAAAAGAAGCUUCUUGGAGAGAAUCCCAGCUCAAAGGGUUGCGUCGUUUCCUCAUAGAAAAAGAGGAAGGUAUCUUGAACGCCCUCAUGCAAGAUUUAGGAAAACACCAAAUUGAAGCUUUUAGAGACGAGAUAGGGACACUGAUGAAGUCCUUAAAUUUCGCAUUGAAGUUUCUGAAAGAUUGGAUGUCAGGCAAAAAGGCUAAAUUGCCACAACUAGCAUUGCUUACUAGCGCAGAAAUUGUUCCCGAGCCUCUGGGUCUUGUCCUCAUUAUUUCUUCUUGGAAUUUCCCCUUUGGACUUUCCUUGGAGCCUCUAAUAGGAGCAGUAGCUGCCGGAAACGCAGCAAUCUUAAAGCCUUCAGAGUUGUCUCCUGCAUGUUCUUCUCUAAUUGCCACUGGCCUCGCAAGUUAUUUGGACACUAAAGCCAUUAAGGUUAUUCAAGGAGGACCACGUGAGUGUGAGCAACUACUACAGCAAAGAUGGGAUAAAAUCUUCUUUACAGGAAAUGCACGUGUGGGGCGGAUUGUGAUGUCUGCUGCUGCAAAACAUCUUACUCCUAUUACUCUGGAGUUGGGUGGAAAAUGCCCUGCAGUUGUUGAUUCCCUUUCAUCUUCUUGGGAUAUUGAGGUUGCUGUGAAGCGGAUUAUGGUGGGGAAAUAUGGGACUUGUGCUGGUCAAGCAUGCAUAGCUGUCGACUAUGUCCUUGUGGAAAAUGGAUACUGUUCCACAGUGGUAAAAUUGAUGAAAGCCUGGAUCAAGAAAAUGUUUGGAGAGAAUCCAAAACAUUCCAACACUAUUGCGAAGAUAGUUAAUAAACAACACUUCUUAAGAUUGAAGAAUCUUCUUGCUGAUCGAGAUGUCAAAGAAUCUGUAGUUUAUGGUGGCUCAACGGACGAAGAAAACUUAUUUAUUGAGCCAACGAUCUUGGUGAAUCCCCCACUUGAAGCAGCAGUCAUGGAAGACGAAAUAUUUGGUCCAUUGCUCCCAAUUAUAACUCUGGAGAAGAUUGAGGACAGUAUUAAAUUCAUAAGCUCUAGGCCUAAGCCUCUUGCCCUUUAUGUUUUCACCAAAAACAAAACUCUGCAGAGAAGAAUGGUAUCUGAAACAUCAUCUGGCAGCUUGACUUUCAACGAUGCAAUUCUACAAUAUGCAGCAGAUUCUCUCCCAUUUGGAGGAGUUGGUGAAAGUGGUUUUGGCAUGUACCAUGGGAAGUUCUCCUUUGACACAUUCAGCCACCAGAAAGCGAUUGUCAGAAGAAGUUUCCUCACUGAUUUUUGGUAUAGGUAUCCUCCAUGGACACUCAAUAAGUUUCAACUACUUGAGGUCUCUUACAACCUUGAUUAUCUUGGGUUGCUCCUUGUCCUGCUAGGCUUAAAGAGACCUUCAAAACGCAGAUCUUAUUUUGCUAGCUAGUGACUUGACAAUAUUUAAUUAUAGUGUUUUCUUAUUUUGAAAAAAAAAAAGCUUGUUAAGAGUGCAUCCCAUAAGAAUAGGUCUAUACAUAUAUCUGCAAGUGAUCGGUAUUUAUAGGUUUGUGUAUUCAAUUCCUACUACAUAGGUUGAUUUAUUAUUAUCCUGAUGCUUGUUCAAUGUUAUAGUUUUUGUAAGAAUUACUCAAGUGGUGCUCUAUCACUGAUUUGUAGUACUUAUAUUAGCCCAAACAAAAUUUUAUUCUUCAAA